GUGAUGGGGGUUCCCUGCCCCAGAUCGCAGGGGUAAAACAAUAAAUAGAACCUAUCUCUUUAAAUCUGCAAUCUCUGGUACAGCAGAGAUCAUAAACUGUUUGGUAGCUGAGCGUGGGAAAUAUUACAAGAUUAACCCUGAGAUACUUUGUAUUUCAGAACAGUUUACAGUCAGUUCUUCGAGGUUAUUUAUUAAAGAUACUUCUGUCUACAUAGAUAGGUCAUUCAUAAGCACUUAAUAUUGUUUACCAAAGAAAUGGUGAUGGAGAAGCCAAGUCCCCUGCUUGUAGGGCGGGAGUUUGUGAGGCAGUAUUACACACUCUUAAACAAGGCGCCGGAUUUUCUGCACAGGUUUUAUGGGAGGAAUUCUUCCUAUGUCCACGGUGGACUUGACCCAAGUGGGAAGCUGGCGGAGGCAGUGUAUGGGCAAGCGGAAAUCCACAAGAAGGUCAUGUCCCUGCAGUUCAGUGAAUGCCACACAAAGAUCAGGCAUGUGGAUGCGCAUGCCACUCUGAGUGAUGGAGUGGUGGUGCAAGUCCUUGGAGAACUGUCCAACAAUGGCCAGCCCAUGAGGAAGUUCAUGCAAACUUUUGUGCUCGCGCCAGAGGGUUCAGUGGCAAACAAGUUCUACGUCCACAAUGACAUCUUUCGCUACGAGGAUGAGGUUUUUGGAGACUCUGAAGCUGAGCUUGAUGAGGAAUCUGAGGAGGAAGUAGAAGAGGAGGCAGAAGAGAGGCAGCCAUCCCCUGAGCCACUUCAGGAAAGCCCCAACAGCACCACCUAUUAUGAACCUCACCCUGUCACUAAUGGAGUAGAAGAGCCCAUGGAGGAGCCAGCUCCAGAACCAGAGCCUGAGCCAGAGCCCGAGCCCAAAGCAGAGGAGAUAAAACCUGAGGCAGAGGAGAAGGUUCUGGAAGACAUGGAGGAGAAGGCACCUUCACCGGUCCCUGCAGAGUCCCCACCAAACACCCAGGAACCUGCCAAGACUUUCUCCUGGGCCUCGGUGACCAGUAAAAACUUGCCCCCUACCGGCACAGUCACUUCUUCUGGAAUCUCACCCCAUGUUGUUAAAGCUCCAAGCUCACAGCCCAGAGUGGAGGCCAAGCCGGAGACACAGACAGCACCUCUGCGGCCGCGAGACCAGCGCACGCGGGACAGACCAGCUUUCACUUCACGGGGUCCAAGACCUGAUGGUGUUUCUUCUUCAGAGUCACAAACUGGAAAACCACACCUGAGUUUUGUAAACAAAGGUGGACGGGAAGAUAACGAACCUGGUGACAUGGACAGUAGGCGGAUUGUCCGAUACCCAGACAGCCACCAGCUCUUUGUCGGCAACCUUCCACAUGACAUCGAUGAGAGCGAGCUUAAAGAUUUCUUCAUGACGUAUGGAAAUGUCGUGGAGCUGAGGAUCAACACCAAGGGUGUUGGUGGAAAGCUGCCGAACUUUGGAUUUGUGGUCUUUGACGACUCUGAUCCUGUGCAAAGAAUCCUUGGGGCCAAGCCCAUCAUGUUCCGAGGGGGGGUGCGUCUGAAUGUAGAGGAGAAGAAGACGAGGGCAGUGCGUGAGCGAGAGACGCGCGGUGGAGGCGACGAUCGCAGGGACAUGCGGCGCAAUGACCGAGGCCCAGGAGGUUCCAGAGGUGUCGUGGGCAGCGGAAUGAUGCGUGAACGUGACGGGAGGGGACCGCCUCCUCGAGGUGGCAUGGCCCCCAAACCUGGCAUGGGCUCUGGGAGAGGCUCUGGUGGCCAGGGAGAGGGCCGCUUCACCACCCAGCGCCGCUGAGAAGAGCACCACCUGCAGCGUGGAAGUAGUACCGUGUUCUUCAUCUUCAACCGUUCUCGUUAACGAAAAGAAAUCUUCAUGUAUAAACGUAUAUAUUUGUUUUUUGUUUUAUAUUUUAUUUUUGUUCCCUCUUUGCUUUGGAAUGUGACACAGCCUGUCAAUCGUUUGUUUGUGAAAUAGACAAAACCGAAAUAAGCAAACAAAAUUUCGCUUAUCAGUUGUGAGCUGAGCAUCCUUUUUCAGGUUUCUCAAGAAUUCACAAACUUUAAUUUGUAAAUUUGUGAAAAAAGGCGAACCAACCAGGAGUAAUCUGCCACAUUAGGAGGGACUGAUAAGACUUUAAGUACGACAAUACAGCCCAUCAUUUGGAAAAGAGAUUAUAUGCCUUGACUUAACUGGGGCGCUGCUUCAUGAAAUCCCUCUAUUGCACAUUUUAUAUGGUAGUUUUCUGCCCGUUGCUGUUGGAAAGGAGUGAGAUGCAAAAUUUGUGCAGUUCCAGGGGAAAAGCUUGCCUUUUACUUUUUUCCUUUUGAGAGACCACUGCUUCAAAAUUGCAUAAUGCACUCAUCAAUAUGCACUAAUGGGUACUUUUGUCGUAUUACAUUGACAUCCAUGCUCGGAAAGCAGCUGGAGAGACCUGUUUUGUCUCGAAGCGACACGACUUAUCGGGGCAGGCCUCGCUUACAGCCUGUCUGCUGUGACCAAUGUACUUUUCACACUUUUGACCCAAAACUUCGCUUCAAUUACUGCUGGAUGGACAAGAUGAAAAGCAAAUCUACAUUAUAUUUUUCCUCAUUUAUAAAUCAGAGAGCUCAAAUCUUGGACUUUCACCAAAUGUGGAGGACAAAGGAUAUACAAGAAACAAAGUUGAACAAUAGAAGAGUGGUGGUAAAGAUGGCUGCUCACUCUGUCUUUUCUUUUUAUUCCAAGUUUGUUUUUUCUUCACGUUUUUCCCUGCCAGCUAGACCGUGAAACUGGGACGGACGACAUCUCCAUCCCUUCUUCCCUCCCUCCCUAUCUGAAGCGCGGAAUAACAGAAUAAAUGUACAGCAAAAACCACAGUUUACUGUAUGUUUUUUGUUCUGUGCAUAUUUCAUUUCUCCCUCUCGACUUUAUAGAGCAUGAUGGUGCCUUCUAUUUCACCUUUUCCAGUCUUACUAAAGUGGUUUGGGGCUUUGCCGCCUCCUAAUGCGGAGCUGCUCAUUCUGAACUAUUGACUUCUGGGAGCAGACAUACAAAAACAGAAAAUUGCAGUAUUCACAAGAUUUAGUUUUCCAGGUGCAUAUUUUUUUUCCACAUUGUUUUACUACCUAAGAUGUUCUGUUGUGAAUUUUGUACAUUUGUUUUUGUAUUGUCUGUUCUGGGUUUUGUAGAGAAAAUAGGUGCCUCGAGUUCUGUUUGAUGUUAAAUGGUUAAGAGCUGCAUCUGAAGAACCUCUCCCCUAAAAAAAACAAAAGGUACAUUAAAGAUGUUGACAGUGAAAUGCUUGGUGUUUGGUUUACAUGUCAUAGCUCAACAAAACAGUGAAGGAGAGUAAAUGUCUCAGUGUGAGUCAGAAACUGUUUAUCCUUACUUUCAGUCUGACUAGUUUUUUUUUUAAACUCAUGGCAGCACUCGGGUCAAAUCCCUGGACUCAAAAGUUGUCGGACUUUUUCCUCAGCAACAAUUUUGUAAUGAUCUGUGGUGGGUGGGCUGGUCACAGUUCAGCCUCAAGACUAGCAAAUAAUUGUGCUCACACUUUUCUAGCUGUUGAUGCUUUUGUAUUUUCAUAUGCUGAUUAUUCAUUGUGCUUAUUUUAUGCGUUUUUUUUUGUCCAUUCAAGGCGAGUUUAAUCUGAAUGCCAUAGUUGUCUCCUUCUUGCCCCUUAAGUGUGUUUUCUUUGGUACCACUCGGUAGGGAGGGAAGACCCUUCUGGUUUCAUCUGGAAGGGAAACCUAAACAUGAGUUGUUUCCUUUUAAUUUUAUUUUUGUUAUCUUGCACUGAAAUGGGAAGUGAAAAUCGAUGUAGCAUUUUUCUGGACAACUAUACUGAAUGAGGUCUUCCUUGUCUGGUGGUGUUGCACUAUUCCCUGCAUUUCUGGGACAAUCUGUCAGUUUGAACACAGCCUCUUUCCAAAUUUCUCAUUUAGCUAUAAUAAAAAAUAAAAACAUGAUAGGGCUUACCUUGAUCAGCAUGAAAUAACUUUUAGCUCUCUUGCAGUUCAAACCAGAUUUGAUGCAUAUUUUAUGUAGUUUUUCAACGUGAUGCUGGGCUGUUCUCCCAGGUUGAAUAUUUUCUGAAGUGACGUUAGUUUUCAAUAGAGGGACUCUUAAUUUGCUACCGUCAGUCUUUGACUGAAUAAUACAGGAAAAAAAGCGACAGCUCUUUGGUCUUUGAGUGUUUUUAACAGACAGCUCUUAUUGGGUGCUUCUACCCUGAAUGUUUAUUUGUCAGGUAAUUCUUUAACAUAGGCACUUGACUGCAAUCCUACUUUUUACAGCAGUGGUCAAUGAAGAGAGUGGUGAAGAAGAGCCAUCAUGCUUUCAGACCAAUCUGUGCUUUUACGUGGAAGUGGUGGUGAAAAAGUUGUCUGAACACAUAGAUUUAAUGGUUGGAUAAUUAUUUUUUCACAUAAGUUUUCAGUGGUCCUCCCCCUUCUCCAAAACUUUGAAAGGAUCCUCAAAAUAAAAUUUAAAAAAAGCAGUAAAUUUAUUUUCCUGCGGUUGAAAAUGCAGUAGAGUGGAUCCUCAUUGUGAAUCAUUCCAGUCCUUUUUUUAAUUUUUUUUGAAUGAAAAUAGAAGUACCUUCUUGGCUUUAGCAGGUGUGGUAAACAGUUGGCUGCCAUCUUAAUUUUACUGUGUUUACCCUUUACUUGUUGCUAGUACUAAAGUGUUGCAGGUGGAGAAUCUUUUUUCUUCUUCUUUUGUUCCUUUUCCUUUCUAUUUUGAAUGUGUUGGACUUAACAUACAAUAAACUACUGAUAUCAGCACCACUCA